AUGCUUCAUUUUUUUUUCUACUUCUCCAUUUUUGUUUCUUAUAAUUUCUCGCCUUUUCCUAGUUAUUUUCCUGCUGUUUCUUUUAUAGCGCCUCCCUUUUUUCUAUUUCUACUUUUUUUCUGUUUCUUUUAUAAUGCCUCCCCUUUUCUUAUUUACUAUUUUUCAGUUUCAUUUAUAGGACCUGCGCAUUUUUCCAUUUAUUUUAUAAAGCCUCUUCUUUUCCUAUUUCACUUUUUCUGUUUAUUUUAUAGUGCCUCCCCUUUUACUGUUUUUAUCUUUUUUGUUUAUUUUAUAGCUACCUCCCCUUUGCUUAUUUCUCUUUUUUCUGUUUCUUUUAUAAUGCCUCCCCUUUUCUUAUUUACUAUUUUUUCAGUUUCAUUGUUUACCGUUUUUCCUUUUUCAGGUCAUGGAAAUUCUGCAUUUGAAACUGCAGAUGCAAUUUAUGGCGCCACAAGCCUGGUACAUAUGAUUGGACGCAGCCGAGUGCGUCUCGCGUGGUCAACUCAUUAUGUGGGUGACCUUCGGGCUGUAAAUAAUGGCCCUCUCGAUACUUACCAACUCAAAUCGAUGGAUGGAAUCGCAGAAGUCGACCUGUCAAGAGAGAUGAAAUUUCACGCAAAGAACGGCAAAAUCCAUCUGACAGCAAACGAUGACUUCUUUGACAAUUUUUCCCUUCGUGAUUCAUACGACAUGAUCAUUCGAUGCCUUGGAUUUACUUUUGAUGACUCUUUAUUCUCCAACAUCACAAUGCCAGAACGUGGGCGGGGAAAGUUAAAAAAGUUUCCUCGUAUUAAGCCAACCUACGAAUCGACAAAUAUACCAGGUUUAUUUUUUGCUGGUACGAUAGCACAUUCCUUGGACUUCCGAGAAAGUGCUGGUGGUUUUAUACACGGCUUCCGAUACACAGCUCGUACUUUGAAUAGAUAUCUAGAAGUUCGAAAUCACGGUGUUCCAUGGCCCCAUGUUAAAAUUCCAAUGACCAAUAUUCUUCAUCAUGUCAUCAAAAGAAUUAAUGAAGCAGCUGGUAUUUACCAAAUGUUCCAGGUUCUUGGUGACAUUAUGAUCUUAAAUAAGGAACAUACCGAAGUAACCUACAUCGAGGAAUAUCCAGUAAAAAUGAUCCAUGCUUUGACGGAGUGUAGUGGAAUUCCAGCCGAGGAAAUUAUAGUUAUCGUAUUCCAAUAUGGCGCUAAUUUCUCAGGUCCAGGAAAAGAUGUUUUUCGUGAAAACCGAGCAGUUGGAGAUCCAGAAAAGGCACACGAAUCUAACUUUCUACAUCCUGUUUACUAUCACUAUAAGAAACCGCCAACGGAAGAACAGAUGAAUCACCUGCGGCUAAAAGAGAUUCUUCCGCGACCGGACAAUAUCCAUCAUAUGGUCGAAGACUUUCUCACUCUGUGGGACACCCCCGUCAGCCACAUCCAGCCGUUGCGUCGCUUCCUUGAGAACAUCAUUGGCAAAGAUCUACGUCAGUUCUUUGCGCAGACGUGCGCCAAAUUCUUGCUGACAUACACUACACUUCCUUUGUUCUGCGAGCAGUACUAUAUGAAUGGACAGGGUCUGCAAGGGACUCAAACACUGUUAAACUUCAUGGUAGAAAAAGUGCUCGUUUCUUAA